AUGAUGCCAAGUUCGCAGGUGCUGCCCUACUACCCACAGAUGCCAAAUGUUCCUCAACAACAAAUUCCGAGAAAUGCUAGUGACGAUGACGAUGACGAUGCUACUACAAAUUUCUUUUAUGUCGUAGUGGCAAAGGAUGGCUCGGGCACUCAUAAGACAAUUAACGAGGCCGUGGCUGCACUCGCUAGAAUGGGCAAUAAUCGAGCCGAGAGAGCAAUAAUCUAUGUGAAAUCUGGGGUUUACGAUGAGAAGGUUGAGAUUAAGAGAAGCUUAAGGAAUGUUAUGCUUGUUGGUGAUGGCAUGAGUGAAACUAUUGUCACUAGUAGCCAUAAUGUGCCGGACGGUGCUACCACCUUCAGCUCAGCCACUUUUAGUGUAUCAGGGGAUGGAUUCUGGGCCAGGGACAUGACAUUCGAGAACAAGGCUGGUCCCCAGAAGCAUCAGGCAGUGGCACUAAGGGUAAGCUCAGACCAUGCAGUGCUCUACCGUUGUGGCAUUAGAGGCUACCAAGACACCCUCUUCGUCCACUCCCUCCGCCUAUUCUACCGCGACUGUCACAUCUAUGGAACCAUAGACUUCAUAUUCGGCAACGCCCCCACCGUCAUCCAAAACUGCGACAUCUUCGUCCGCCGGCCCAUGUCCCACCAAGCCAACAUGAUCACUGCCCAAGGACGCGGCGACCCCAACGAGAACACCGGCAUAUCCAUCCACAACUCACGCGUCAGGGCGGCGCCUGAGUUUGAAACCGUCAAGGGCUUGUUCAGGACUUACUUGGGAAGGCCAUGGAGAAAGUAUUCCAGGACAGUUUUUCUUAAGACCUACUUGGAUGGUUUUAUUGAUGCCAAAGGGUGGACCGAUUGGAGGGGCGAUUUCGCCGUUGAGACUCUUUACGGCGAGAAUAUGAAUACUGGGAAGAGUGCGUCGACGGCGAUGAGGGUGAGUUGGCCUGGUUUUCAUGUGCUUAAUACUUCUCGGCAGGCUGCUCCUUUCACGGUCGGGAGUUUCAUUCAGGGAGGGUCUUGGAUUCCAUAUACCGGAGUACCAUUCUCACUUGGAAUAAUGUAG